CCGCCAUGGAGAAGUUCGGGAUGAACUUCGGGGGCGGCCCCAGCAGGAAGGAGCUGCUGGAGACCAUCGAGACGCAGAAGCAGCAGCUCCUGCGCUACCAGGCGCGGCUCAAGGACGUUGUCCAUGCCUACAAGAGCCUCCUGAAGGAGAAGGAAGCGCUGGAAGCCAGCCUGAAGGUGCUCUCCGUGUCCCACGAGGGGGACCUGGCAGUGCCGCCGCCUGCAGCCGGGGACUGCCCGGAUGACCGCAGCUCGGAGCACAGCGAGGACAGCGCGGGGACGGCCACCAGCGCGGACACUGCGGCCAGCCUGACCAGCGCCACCAGCGCCAAGGGGGACGAGGAGGACAAACCCGCGGCUGCCCCUCCCCAGAGAGCAGAGGAGCCGAGCGGCUCCGAGAGCGGCGAGCUCAGCGCCGGCGGCGAGCCCGAGCGGCGCCUGCUGCAGCUGAAAGCCCAGCUGGCCACGCUGACGGGCGCGCUGGCCACGGUGACGCAGGAGAAGUCGCGCAUGGAGGCGUCGUACCAGGCGGAGCGGCGGCAGAUGAAGCAGGAGCUGGAGGAGGCGGCGGCGCGGGCGCGGGAGGAGGCGGAGCGGCAGGAGGCCGAGCUGCGGCGGCUGCAGGAGCUGCUGGCCGAGACCCGCGCCCGCCUGGCCGCCCAGCAGCGCGAGCGCGAGCGCGAGCAGGGCGACCACGGGCUGAUGCUGCGCGAGCUGCAGGAGCUGCUGCGCGCCGAGCGGGAGGCGCGCCGCGGCGCCGAGAGGCUGCUGGGCGACGGCCGCGGCGCCGAGCGCGCCCAGGGCUACGAGCAGCACGCCCGGCAGCUGAGCCACGAGCUGGAGGAGCUCCGCAGGGAGCUGCAGGGAGUGCGGGAGGAGAACGGGAAGCCGGACCCGCGGAUCCAGGAGCUGCAGGAGGAGAUGGCCGGCCUCAAGAACCACUUCCAGCUGCAGCUGGUGCAGGAGAUGAAGAAGACAGCCCAGGCCGAGGAGCAGCUGCGGCAGCGCUCGCAGCGGGAGGAGCAGCGCGUGGCCGAGCUGGAGGCCCAGGUGGCCCAGGUGUCCGAGCUGCUGGGCACCUACGAGAAGACCAAGCAGAGGGACCAGGCCACCAUCCAGAGGCUCAAGGACCGCAUCGUGCAGCUGGACCUGGAGAACAAGACCUUGGCCAUCGCCGCCUCCAGCCGCCCCCUGGGCGAGGUCGCCGUGGACGAGGCCACCCUGGACGUGGCCGUGCUCAAGGAGAAGAUGGAGAAGCUGCGGAAGCUGCUGCAGGUGGCGGCUGGGAAGGGCCCGGAGGAGGAGCCGCGGGAGCCGGAGCUGCCCCCGGGGGACGGGAACGGGGACAAGGCCCCGGGCGGGCACUGCCAGCAGGAGCUGCGGCAGCUCAAGGAGGAGUUCGAGCGCUACAAGGUGAGGGCGCAGCAGGUGCUCAAGAGCAAGGCCAGCAAGGACGUGGGGCUGGCCAGGGAGCUGGAGGAGGCGCGGGAGCAGCUGGCGGAGCUGCGGGACAAGCACGUGCUGCUGCAGCUGGCCACGGACGACAUGGAGAAGCAGCAGCGGCAGGAGCUGGAGGCCAAGAAGCAGGAGCUGCAGCAGCUGCAGCAGCUGCACCGGCAGGAGCUGGAGCGCUGCCAGCUGGAGUUCCGGGAGCGGGCGCUGCGCCUGGAGGAGGAGAUGCACAAGCAGCGGGACCGGGCGCUGGCCGUGCUGGCCGAGAAGGACCGCGAGCUGGAGCAGCUCCGCGCCCUCACGCCGCCCCACGGCCACAAGAGCUGCCGGGACGGCGCCCCCGGGGACGCCCCCAGGCCGGAUUCCUCGGAGAUCCUCCCGCAGGAGCUGCAGCCCUGCUCCGGCUCCGAGCCCACCUUCUUCCUGUACGCGGAGCAGCUGGCGCGCAAGGAGGUGGAGAUCGCGGCGCUGCGCAAGCAGCGGCACCGGCUGGAGGUGCAGCUGCACCAGCUGCAGGGCAGGGCCCUGGCCGAGGAGGACAAGCACCGCGAGGAGGUGGCGGCGCUGCGGGGCGAGAUCCAGAAGAGCUGCAGGGACAAGAGCCGGGAAGGAGCCAACCUGGAGUACCUGAAGAACGUGGUGUACCGGUUCCUGACGCUGCCCGACGCGCGGGGCCGGCAGCAGACGCUCACGGCCAUCCUGGCCAUCCUGCACUUCAGCCCCGAGGAGAAGCUCAGCAUCGCCAAGAGCUCGGCACACGGCUCCUGGUGGCCCCACGGGAAGAGAUGAGGGGUGGGGUUUGUUCCCUUUUUCCGUAGCAGGUCCUUCCUGAGGACUGACCAAAGCCACGUCCCGGCCAGGCCCGGAGCUCUCCGGGAUUUGGGCUCCGAUUGGUGUUUUUAGCACUGAUUUGCAGUGGGGUUGUGCCAACUUUCCCAGCCCCAAAGCCUCUGCGGUGGGAAUUUGCUCCGAGUUGGGACUUGAUCUGAAAACCGUGGAAUUGAAGAUGCUGAGCUGUUUUAAAGGUGAUUCACAAACAAUCCCUACCUGUCGGGUGUGGGAUCGAGUAGAAUUCACUUGGAUCUUCAAGCUCCAGCCAGGCUGGUGACUGGGAGAUGAAAGGGAAGGUGGGAAGCACUUAAGGUGGAGCUAAAAUAGCACCAGGCCCUGCAAGGCUCAGGAAGAUGGGGCUCAGUGCAGGAAAUCUUGGGCAUUUCCCCCUCAGGUUCUUUUCCAGAGCCAAAUUUAACCAGUGGAUGCAACUCCAGGCUCCUCCACGGGCUCAGGCUCUCCUUCCUUCCCAGGGAUCCUCUCUGGGUUAUCAGGGAUUCCAGGAAGGAGAAAGGAUCUCCCUGUGGAUGAUUUCCAUCCUGAGUGGGAAUCUGAGCUGCCUGCUCCUGGCUGGGAGCUGGAAGCAGAGGAAAAGCUGAAAUGAGUGCCCUGCUCCUGGUUUUUGAGGGUUCCAGGGAAGUUUGGUUGCUCUGUGGUGCUAAUUUGGGAAGGAAGGGGCUGCUCCUUGGCUGUCCUGGUCCUGUCAGCAGCCAAAUUCCCUGGAUUCCGCUUUGGCCAGUGCAGCCCUUGGUGCCAAUUUCUCCAAAAAAUCCUCAGGGAAAACGUGCCCCGGGCAGAGCGUGUUCCUGCUGGGAGGGGGACACAGCUGAGCCCUUCUGGGGCUCCAUCCAGGGAUGUUCCCACUGGGAACAGGAUCCAGGUGCUGCCCUGAUGGGGGAACUGGAUGGGAGUGGGAGAGUUCGUCCCAGGAAUAUUUGAAACACUCCUUAAGGAUGAAAGUGCUGGCUCAGCCAGGGGAGAGCCCAGUCCCUGCUCCCAGUUUGGAAAUGUUGACUCAAGGGGUGCCUCAGGGAUGGCUCCAGCUCUUUCCCUGGAGCCAUUCCCACAACUCCAGAGGGAGGUGGAGCCUCCUCCUGCUGUGGUUUCACUGCUCAGGCUGAGGGGAUUGAUCCCUGUUGUCCCUCUGCUCCCGCAGGAUGGAGGGGCCCGGAAUGGAUCCCAGGGCUGGUGGGACCCAGCUGGGAGCAGGGGGACAACGUGGGGUCACAGCUUGGAGCAGGGAAUCCAUGUGGGAUCCAGC